AACAUGCCGCAGGACGAGGAGAAUCCAGGGACGACCUCUCCUCUGACAAUACCAAAGGAGAUGGGAGCAGAUGUGGAUUGGAACAUGGGAGAACCCUUUGAGUCCCUGGAGAAGCUCCAGGGUCUGUCUGACGGGGAAAAGGGGGAGAAGGCUAUGCUGCGCUCGCGGAUCCACGAGCAAUCCCAGCUCAUUUGUAUCUUGAAGAAGCGAGCAGACGACAACCUGGUGCGCUGCAGGUCCCUGGAGCAGCUCAACGCAGAGCUGGAAGAGCUCAGGAUGGCGGACUCUUUGAGACUGGAGAACCAGACCCGGCGGGUCCAGCAGCUGGAGGAGCGUUUCAUGGACCUGGCCGCCAACCACGAGGACAUGAUCCACUUCAAAGACGAGCACAAGCGCCAGAACAUGCAGCUGAGGGAAGAAAACAAGCGCUUGCGCCAAGAGAACCUCAGCCUCUUCAGCCAGCCUUUGAAGGAGAAAGAGGCGGAGCUGAACCACCUCGUCUCGCAGUACAAAAAGCUCUCCAAAGACAUGGAGGCCUUGAACGAAAGCCACAGACAAGAAAGCCAGCAUGCCCAGCAGCGAGAGAAAGAGCUUCUGGAGGCCCAGAGCCUGCGAGCCAGCUCUCACGCAGAGGAGGUUCGCUCACUGAGAAGGCAACUGGAAGUCCUCGAGGAAAAACUCAGCCAUGCCAUGGAGCAACUGGAGGAAGCGGAAAAGGAACUCCGAGAUGGAGACCUGAAAGCCACAGUGGAGCAGCUGAGGCAGGAGAAAGAGGAGCUGCUGAACCUGUCGAUGGAAAGAGGUAAGGUGCUGCAGGAAAAGCAACGGGAGAUCUCGCAACUGGAGAAAAAGGUGGAGGAGAUGGAGAAAGCCAAGCUGGCCGCAGAGCAGCGCUUCGAGACAGAGGCCGCCAUGGUGGACAGCGUGCUCCGGGUUCGAGACCUGCAGUUUAGGCUGGAUGGGGCCGAGCGAGCGUAUGUCGGGCUUCGGAUGCAGUUUGAGGCUUACAAGAAGCACAGCAUGGAUUUGCUCACUAAAGAGAAAGAGUUAAACACGAAACUCCGCCAUUUCAUGGCAUAA